AUGUUGACCAACAUCGCCGCCGCUCUCGCCCUCAGCGGCUUCGCCGUUGCUGGAAACUAUGUCACGUCUUCGCUAGGACCCGAGUGCACGCCCGUCACGCUUUGCAUUGAUGGCUACGACGACUGCGGUCAGAUGCUACAAUGUGUGCGAACCGGAGAAGAGCCCGAUUCCUCCCCGUGCAACCCGACCACCGUCACUACCACCACCCCGCCAACCGAUUACCCGACCUCGCAGCCGACGAGCGACUGCGCAUCGAUCACCGUGUGCGCCGACUACAUCAACGAUUGCGGUAUGAUGUAUGGAGGUUGCUUCCCCGACUGCAGGCCGUGGCCCACUUUCACGGCCCCGCCCUGUCCUACCGGCAGCUCCACUCUCCAAACCCGGACCUCUACCAACACCGACCAUCCGGAGUGUUCGGACGGUGCCCCGCGCACCAAGUGCGUGGACAAGGUCAACGACUGCGGCAAGAAGUACGGCGGAUGCUUCGAUUACUGUGCUACCCCAACGCCAUCCUUCUCCACCCCGCCCUGCCCGUCCACCAAGAAGCCCACCAAGCCUGUGCCUACCCGCACAAGGAAGACCCGACACACCUCCCAGACGAGGACGUCGUACCCUGACCCCGACCCCUCUGAUGACCCGUGCGCGGACAAUGGCGAGCUUUUCUUGUGUGUCGAUGGCAUCGACGAAUGCGGUAACGGCUGGGGAGACCCGUCAUACGUGAUCCCUACUCCGUCGUGCUCCAUCACCCCCUCACCCACCGUCGUUGACCCGGAGCCGAGCUGCGCCGAUAUCACUGUCUGCGCUGACUACGUGAACGAGUGCGGCAUCGCCUAUGGAGGCACCCACAAGCCCUCGCCUACCCCCACCUCGGGCGGCGGUGGUGGUGGCGUCUGCGGCAAGCCCAAGCCGAGGAACUGA